AUGGAUGCAUUUCUUGGAAGGAAAAGGCCACGGCUAUCUUAUACAGCUGAGAGUACAGUGGCUGAUGCCACCGUAAACCAUGAGAACACGAACCAAGAUGGGGACGACUCUACAGACAUAAAGCUGGCUAUGCUAAUGUCACUCCAUCCACAAGUCAAGCAAGAUGAUAUUCUAGAUAUUCUCGUCUCAUGUGACGGAUCUGUCAAUGCUGCUUCGUCAAUUCUGUCAUCCCAGGGAACCUGGACCAAUAAAUCGGCCAAGAAACGCGCCACCCCAGGCUCCGCUAUUGGCGUACAGACCUCUUUAUCAGCUCAUAUUCUGAAAAAAGCCGAUGAUGGAUCUCUUACCUCGAUGCUGGAAACCCCUGGAAACAGAAAAAUUAUUUCCCCUAGGAAAGGACAGACCCUGCAUUUGUUCUCUCCUGAGGAUAUCGCAGCCUACACACCCUGCACGAUUAUCCAUAACUUUCUCUCGCCAGAAGAAGCGAAUGCGCUCCUCACAGAACUCCUGGAUGAAUCAAAACACUUCUCCAGAUAUGAGUUUCAACUUUUCAAUCGUACCGUACAAAGUCCCCAUAGCGCAAGCGUAUAUGUCUCAACGCCUGAGGAAUAUCAACAGCAAACUUCUGAGUACACCUACGGCGGUACAUCGCGAUCGAAUGUGCGCCAGGCCACAACAAACCUUCUCUCUGUAUCGCCAAAAGUGCAGCAGACAGUAAACGAAGAAAUCCAAAAACGCAUUCGCGAUGUGUAUUCCGACGGAAAGAAACUAAGAUACCAAUCACCACAUGAGUGGCGACCCAAUGCAGCAUUUGUCAACUGCUAUGACGGACCUACCGAGAGCGUAGGAUACCAUGCAGAUGAGCUAACCUAUCUUGGUCCACACCCGGUGAUCGGCAGUCUGAGUCUGGGCGUGGAACGAGAAUUUCGAGUGCGCCGAGUCAUCCCCGAUGAUGAACACGACAGCGAAAGUAAAAACAAUGAAAGUAUUGCUUUGCUCAAGGAAAUCAAACCGAAGAAACUAUCAGCGCCCACAUCGGCUGUGCGCGCUGAUGCCCAGGGGCAGAUCUCCAUCCACCUUCCCCACAACUCACUCCUCGUCAUGCAUGCAGAGAUGCAGGAGGAAUGGAAACACGCAAUAAGCCCUGCCCAAACGAUCUCCCCGCACCCGAUAGCAGGAAAUCGCCGCAUUAAUAUCACGUAUCGUUGGUACAGGGAUACAUUGCAUCCUCGAUAUACGCCCCAUUGCCGCUGUGGGAAACAUGCCAUUCUCCGGUGUGCGCGGCGUAAACAGGAGACGCGAGGGAGAUACAUGUGGAUGUGCUACGCCGGGUAUGAUCCGGGUCAACAUGGUUGUUCUUUCUUCCAAUGGGCCGAAUUUGACGAUGAUGGAGAUCCGAUCUGGGCCAAGGGACAAAAGAAUAGUGAUGAUGCUGCUCCAGUGUUAACAAAUUUUUCGACCUGA